AUGGGCGAGCAGGAGUCUCUCUCGAUCGAAGAAACGAAUAAGCUGCGAAUUUCGUUAGGUCUAAAACCCAUUGAAGUACCUGCAAGAAACGAGAAAGAACCCGCAACUGUGGAAAAGAUUGGCGAUGAGGUAGAAAACAAGCUUGAUUAUGAUAAAUCGACAUUCAUAGAUCCGAAAGUCUCAAGACUACGAUGGAACUUGAAGAGAGCCAAAUCCAGAUCACAGGGAAAUACUGUUUUGGACAGUAGUACGAACGACAAUGACGACGACAGCGGUGAUUGGAUUGCAAAUGUGAAAUUGAAGAAUAAAAGACCAGGCCGUUCAACUUUAAAAAAGGACUAUUUCGAGGACAAUGAAGAGCACGAAGAUUUACAGAACUCAAACGUUGACGAAAUUGGAGCUCGCACACGGGUUGAAGGCCAGAUUUCAAAUCUCCUGCCUGGUAAAGACGUUAUUCUGACGCUCAAGGAAUCUGAGCUGGACGAAGGCGAAACUGAAGAUACCUUGGUGAAUGAGGGAUUGGCUCAUGACCAGCAGCAGGCCAAGAACAUGCGUCUCAAAAGAAUGAACCAGGAACGGAAACGUCGAAAAACUACUAUCGGAAAAGGUAGUAUGAACAAUGAUGACGAUGAAAACGAAGAGAAUUCCGAAAUAUACAUGGUAGACGGCAAGAUAGUGGGGCAAGAUUCCAAUGACCAAACUGACAAGGAGGUGAGGGAUGAAAGAAAAAUAGACAUCGUAUCCAGGUCGGACAGUGCAGACGACAGCGCUGAAGAAGAACCUUCAGACUUCGCAGCAGUGAAGAUAAAGAAACGCAAGAAACUCAACAACAACAAAGCUGUUUCGAGCAAACGAACAAGACUCACAGACUCCGUAGCUCCCCGGGUUGCUUUGAUCGAUGAAGACGCUGAAGACCCAGUCGAGGACGAGUUACAGAAUGUAUUGAAGAUCCGGAAGAAAGCCAAUCGUGGAAUCCAUCAGGAAAGUCUCAAGACACCAGAACAGAUCGCCAAAGAAGUAGAGGAAGAGAGAAAAGAGAGGGCAUCUCGCAUACGAAACAUCAAUCAUUCCAACGGUAUUACUAUAGAUGAGAACAGUACCUUUCUUUCAAGUCUAACCGCAGGCCAGCAGACCACCAAAGAAAGCGCAUUUGAACGCACGUCAUUCCAGCCUGUAGACCUAAAGGCUUCUGCGUCCAGGCCUCGCGAAUUUGAAGCAAACGAACGAGAAAAUAAUAGUGGUGAUGAUGACAAUGGAGACCAAUCUACAGGGGCCAGUCUUGAAGGGGGUUUAGCGGCAACGUUGGGGUUUUUGCGGGACCGAAACGUGAUUCCAGGGCAACCAUCGCGCGAGGUGGCCGCUAGCAGCACCUCUUCGAGAAAUGCGGAAAUUGUCGCCUUCCAGCAGCAGCAGGAAGCGCGAAAAGUCCGCAAUCGGUUCGCGGACGAACUAACGAAGGGAAGCGUUCAAUACAGCAAGGAAGAAUUAGAGAGUCUACAGCAGCUUCAAGAACAAGAAAUUAAUGAUCGGAAUAAAAUUCUUCAGAGACAAAAGCUCGCUGAUUACAACCCAGAAGUGAAUCUGACCUACAAAGAUGAUGCUGGUAAUGUACUCACCACAAAAGAGGCAUACAAGAAACUGUCACAGGCGUUUCAUGGCACUCGUUCGAACCGCAAGAAGCAAGCGAAGGCGCAACAAAAAGUUCUAAAUAGGAAUAAAAACCAAGGUGGCUAUGUAUGA